AUGGGAGCGGCGGCCGUGUGGAGCUUAUCAGAUCGCGGCUCUCCGACCUCACACGGACAGUCGGGUCAGAACCGGGUCAGAACUGGUUCUUUUCUGUGUGGCAGCUACAUCGCUCUGAUCGCCAUGGCGAUCCAGCAGAACCCGGASCAGCGGGUCACUCUGUCCGGCAUCUACGACUUCAUCAUGCGGCGGUUCCCCUACUACCGGUCCAACCAGCGGGCCUGGCAGAACUCCAUCCGGCACAACCUGUCGCUCAACAGCUGCUUUAUCAAGGUUCCGCGGACGGAGGGCAACGAGAAGGGGAAGGGGAACUUCUGGACCUUCGCCGCCGGCUGCGAGUCGAUGCUCGACCUCUUCGAAAACGGAAACUUCCGGCGCCGCCGCCGCCGCCGCAGCGCCAAGAUCGGCCUCCGGGACCCGGCAGAGGUUCGGCGCGACCCGGCCGCGCGGCGGCCGCAGCUGGACUCCGCCCUCUGCCCUCCUGCCCCUGACCGGCCCGGCCCGCUCCAGAACCGCCUGGCGCCGACCUCCAGCCGCCAGAAAUCCGAGCCGGAGAUCAAGUUCAGCAUCGACUACAUCCUGUCCGCUCCGGACCCGCCGCCGGCCGCGUUCAGGACCGGCGCGGUUCGCCUGGGCCCGACCGGGCCGCCGGUUCUGGAGCCUCCGCACCUCAACCUGCACUUCUGGACUCUCUGAGGCCACAGGAGGCGAGACUUGGACUAGGACAAAGAGGUUCUACUGGACCAGCGCCGGGACCGGUCCAGACCUCCCUGCUGUCUGUGAUGUAACUUCAAUAUUCACCUGUAUUCAAUAUUCAUUUUAGACAAACUGUGGUGAACGUGGAACGGGCCGAACCCGGCAGAACUGAUCAGAAUGUCUCAGAAAAUGUUCGUUUAUUUCUGCCUGAAUCAGAAAAAUGAAAAUUAAUUUUCUUUAAUUUCAUAAACUGACCU